AUGGCGACACUCACAAUCUUUGAUCUUCCGGAAGAACUUCUAGAAGCUAUUCUCGGGGAAUGCCGCACUUGGACUCACCCUUCUGUGAAGAACAAAGACGCCGUGCCCAUCGACUUUGGCACUUACUCGGAUUUCCACUUGCGAUUGGAUUAUGUCAAUUAUCUUCGAGUUCACGUGUCGAUCUCGGCCCAAGAUAGCAGAGAGAUGCAGAGCACUAAGCAUCGACCCGAGAAUACCUGUAACAGUCCAAAACACAGGGCACAAUUCACAACACUCAUCCUGAACGACUACGGGCGAUCUUUCCAAACCCUUGAGUCUCUCAUCCAAUGGCCACGCAAACUUGAGCAUUUUGCUUUCACACUGCGGUUUAGUUUUCAGUCAUUAUUCUUGAAUAACGUCCACAUAAGCGACAUGGAUAGUCCUAUUACUGGUCCUAUCCUUGACAGGUUACAUACCAUGCUCGAACCUCAUCAGACCACGCUGAAGAGCUUGCGAAUAGGGCUAGCGUUGACACCAUCUGCCUAUGCAAUGGCGUAUACGCCUGGGUUUGGCUUACCUCCCGGGGUCCAUUUCGACCUGAACCACAGCGUCAUACCAGAUUUUCGGGACUAUCAAUGUCUGCAGCACCUCCACAUUGCGUCAAUCUUUACCGGCCACGGGGAUUUCUGCGGACGGAGGAUAUUCAGCCAAACCCCCAGCACAUUAUUCAGCAUAACUCCCAGCACAUUGGAGGAGCUACAUCAAGAAGUAGACCGACUUCUCGCUCCGAGUCUGUAUCGCAUCACCUUGGAUGUCGGCUGCGAGUUCUCUCUGCGACACUGCCCUUGCUUUCCCCGGGACCCAGAGCGCUGGCCAAUCUGCAACCGAGCAUGUCCCCUCGACAGGGACCUUUAUGCAUUCCUCAUCACUCUCGCCCGACGCGCGAAGAAACAGAGGGCUCCGCUCUGUCAAAUCCACGUCAACUACUGCACCAGGCCUUUCGCUCUUCCCAUGCCCGCCUCAGAUCUACCGGAAGGGUUCAAUUGGGAAUGGAUUCCCCUGUACGCGAGUUUUAAUCCGUGGGAAUGGUUGGAAAGGGUCAAAAGGAAAAUGAAAAAGGCCGGCAUCCGGUUCACUUACACUGGUCUGGAACCUGUUUGCGGCGUGCCUCGCACUCACCUUCCGAAGCCCGAGAUACCUCUCUAUACACCGAUGCAGGAAUUGGCGCGGCUUCGCAGAGAGUAUGAGUUACGGGUAUUCGACUAUGAGGAUGAGAUGUGUUCAGAACAUGUCUGGACGGUGGUGAAGAGCGGGUGAACAAGUGCUGAAUGGUUGGCCAUUUCGAAAAUGUCAAGGGAGAGAAGAUGGCUCGGCGAGGUGAUUGUUGUGCAUUAGUACGACGAAAGGGUUGAGGAUGAUCUGUGGGUAUGACAUAAGGCUACUGAGCGUUCAGUUGGGUGAUCACAGAGGCAAGAAAGGAAACGACAACAGAAAUAUACUCGGAAGAACACGAACCACAAGGAGUUGGAUGGAUACAUGGAUGGGCAAGGUCCUGGAAAAUAGCAUUGAUUUGUACUUAGCAUAGCGGAAGGUUUUAUUUUAUAUAACCAAGAAUGCAC